UUGCUUGAAAUACCAGAACGUGUUAUAAUAAUUUAGCAUUUCCUUAGCUCUAACAUCUCUAAUUGCGUUAAUUAGCAUGAUGCACCUGCGCUGAAUUAGUUUAAAUUGCCUUAAGGAAAAAGAAAAAAAAAAAAAAAAGAAACAUGGAGACAUACAUUUCCAUGUGAGUCAGGGUAGAAGUGUCCACGAGUACAGACUAGUCUUGAAUGCUGAAACAGACCUCACAAGUACUUUUUUAAUGUUUUUUUUCCACCAAUCAGGAAGAAUGCUAAACGGUAACGAAUCCAAACCCAGGACUAUCCGUGUCCUGGCCAGGUCUCUAGGUCAGGUUCCUCGUUACAUAACGCUAUCGGUGAAAGUUUAUCUGGAGCUUACUGGGUGGUGACUAGUGGCAGGCACGAGGAGUAAAAUGCUACUCGAAAUUUUUCAAGAUAAUUACGCAUCUCAUUUACAUCUCAUCUUGUUAAAGUCAAAAUCCACCCUGAACAACUUAUGUAUUCAUCUUUAUAAUUAAUUAAUUGAUCUUUAGUGACUCCCAAGAUUUAUUUUGUCAAACAAUUUUGUUUAAAAAAACUUCUUUCGUUGAUAUGUUGGGCUGUUUCCACCUUGGUAAAAAAGAGAGCAAUGCAGCAGCGCUUUAGUUCUUCAGUCUGUCCAGCUCUCUCACCUCCUCAUCAAUACACUCUGCUCAAACAGCUCCCAAAGCUUCAACUUUCAUGCUAAUAUCACCAUCAACAGAAGAUUUUAGCAGUAGGCAGUUUCGUCACUCCCUGGAUACUCCAAGGCGACAAUGACUAAUCAGUAACUUCUAGGCCUCCUUAUCAGCAAACGAGUGACUUAUCCAUGCACCGCAGAUCCAGCUGAACUCUCAGAGCGUUUGUUAGUUUGCACUGUGCAUGAGCGUGUGUGUUGAUUGCUCUCAGACUGUUGGAGAAGUAUGGAGAGGAACCUGUUUGUCAAACUUUGAGUUAUGCGUCGGGAAUAACGACAUGGCAGAGGCGGACAGAGAUCCAGCGCCUGAUGAGAGCGGUCAUGAGCAGUCUCUGCGUAUUCUCAGAACACUGAUUCACAGGAAGAAUAAGACGAAGCCAAAUGGAAAGAAGCCGCCCACAGAGGAGAAGAAGCCGUACCUAGAGCCAGAAUGCACCAAAGUAAGGGUCGUUGACUUCGACCUUAAGGAGCUGGUGGUGUUGCCACCCGAGAUCGACCUGAACGAAUGGCUCGCCAGUAACACCACAACGUUCUUCAAUCUGAUCAACCUGCAGUACAGCACUGUGUCCGAGUUCUGCACAGGAGAUACGUGUCCCGUCAUGUCGGCCUGCAACACGACGUACUGCUGGCAAGAUGAGAGAGGGAAGAAGACAAAAUGCACGGCGCCACAGUACGUAGACUUUGUCAUGAGUUCAGUCCAGAAGCUCGUCACUGAUGAAGACAUCUUUCCCACAAAGUAUGGCAAAGAGUUCCCAAACACCUUCGAUUCGCUGGUGAAGAAGAUCUGCCGCUACCUGUUCCACGUGUUGUCGCACAUCUUCUGGGCUCACUACAAGGAGACGGUGGCCAUGGAGCUGCACGGACACUUAAACACACUCUACACGCACUUCAUCAUCUUUAUACGGGAAUUCAACCUGAUGGACCCCAAGGAGACGUCCAUAAUGGACGACCUGACCGAGGCCCUGUGCACCCCUCUGCCCCCUCCUCCACAGAACCACGUGACGGAGAGAUGAGGCUCGCACUUGUCUACCCUCCAUCCCACUGCUCAGGGGAGGACAGAAGGACCGCCCUUUCGCCUCCCACAAACUUCGCUCUCUUUUUUACGACCCGGUCAGGGUGGGUCAGCCUGGCCUGCGGGUGGCAGCACUCGCCGAAAUCCCCCCUUCCAGAGGCUGUACUGUUCUGCGAGCCCUUUAACCAGGAAGCAUUCACACUUUCACCCUCUUCCCUUUUUUUUUUUUUUUUUUUUUUUUUUUUUUUUUUUUUUUUUAAAGUUGGUUUGGUUUUCUCAUGCCUGUGUACUAAUGAGUUUGGGUUCGGAAUAUGGGACACUAAGUUUGGUUCGUCUCUUCCUCCUGACAUUAGCGCCAUCUAUCCAUCCAUGUUAGAAUGAGAAGAAGUGAGGAAGAUACUAGUGGCACUGUUUUUCUGUACAGUUUAAGAAGACUGAACUGUAGUCCUGGUCGUCUACAGAGUCUUCUCAAUCAUAUAAGAUGUUUUUGUUUUUUUUGUGGAGGCAUAACGAGUGUGAAAUUUAGACCUUCAGGACCAGACUGUUUACCCAUAAUCCUUUUAGUCUGACUACUUUCCACCCAAGAUGCUCUUUAUCCCAGCGUCUUAGACAAUGGUUGCACCUUUUCUUUUCUUUUUUUUUCCUAUUUUUUCUUUGUUUUCCAAACUACUAGAUAAUCUGGUCAGACCUUAUGCCCCCUCAGCGCUCCUCCAGCGCCGGAGCGUACCACAGGCGGCCAUAUUGGAUCCAUCUAGAAAGCAGCACCAGUCCGAAGGCUUCGCUUCCUGGUGCUUUUCCAUAAUGCAGCACAAUGACAAAGACAUUUUGUCUGCUACAUUUGAUUGUUCCAUAUCCCCUGUAAAGGUACAUCAAAAUACCCCUCCAUGUUUCAUUAAAAAAUGCCUAAGGGAACAAUUAGAUUGGAGUCGUGUCAGAAUCGAGGUAUCGCCCAGGCUCGCUUUGCAAGGACACUUUCGAAACAGAAAAGUGGCAAAAGAAUGUAAAACUAGUCUUUAUGUAUUUAACUGUUUGAGAAAAUUAUCCUGAGUGAGUGAGAGAGAGAGAACGAAAGAAAAAAAAAAAAAGAGGUGUAUGUAAGCAUGAAAGAGAAAGAUAUUUUAAAGUCCUCCCUUCAUCACUGUUCAGAGAGUUCUCUUAGGUUGAGGUUCUCUCAUUAGAGGGUUGGAUAUUCUUCAUUUUAAUUUAUUUAUCUUUUUUUUUUCCCCAUUUGGUUUAGUUUUGGCUUUUUUUUUUUUUCAGGACGCAGUUCUGGCUUUCAUUUUUAUGUAUUUUAAUAAUACUUAAGUUAAAAGCGAUUUAAUAUUUUAAGCUCUGCAAAUUAUACCCUAAUAAAAUAUUUAAAAUGUCACUAA